UCGCCAAAACUCUAUGAAAAUCGUGAAAAAUUGCCAAAUGGUUUGAGAGGAUAUUAUGUUCAUAGACUUCUCGUAAAUAAUGUGGCACAAUGGGCUUCAGCUCGCUAUUCAUGGUAUGUUUGUAAACUUCUUGACGAACUUCACAGACAAGAACGUGAAGAGCUAGAGAACAAGCUUGAAGCAAAAGACAAAAACAUACAGAAAAGAAUACCACGUUCGGUACCAAAAGGAAAGGAAAAGAACUAUAAGUAUAUGAUUUAUACUGAAGAGAUGGAAAAUGAAGAAGACAGAGAUAUGGUUAUGUUGCAUUUAGUCAGAAGAAACAACAAAAGCUUUUACGACCUUGCUAAGAUUUACAAAUCUGACAGAAAUUGGUUCUAUCGCGAAAACUUACCGAUUUCAAUGACACCGAAUGAAGAUGUGAAACAAAUAGUUCAAGAUACGUUACCUCAAACACACUAUGAUAUGAAAGGUUGUACAAUACUUACAUUCAAAGAAGAUUUACCGCUACUGAAGGAAAAAAUAACAGAGUAUUUUGACAACUUCAAACAAGUAGAGUAG